AUGAUAGUUCCAACAAGUCGCAUCGUUACCAUAUCAAAUAUAACUCCAUCACUCUUUGACCAACUUCAUCAUGAACAUGGUGAAACACUCUCAUGUCCAUGUUCAACUAUUACCAUACCUUAUAAUAUCUUCGUUACCAAUAAUGUCUCAUUUCAUCCUGUAUGUUCGAGCGUUUUUGUUAGUAGAGAAUGGAUUGAAGGAUUUUAUCUACCAAUAGCCAAUGCAUACUUAGUAGAUGAUUUUCGAACAACGGCAUUUUCUCAGUUCGAGUUGUUAGCUGCUCUUUGUUCAAUCUCGGAAGAUGCAGUUUCACAAGCACUGUUAGAUAUUCAAAAUAAUCAGCUUGUUACAGCUGAACUUCUCGAAGAAGAAGAUAUUAAAUCGCAAGUAGAAGCCAUGGUUGACCUUAUUAAAACAACUGCACAUGUUCAAGUUACUUCAUUUUUACAAUUCGUCCAAGUGAUGUAUCGUUCCAAUGCUCUUGUGUCUGCUUUUGGAACGAAUGCAGUUGUUCAAAUAGGCACUUAUAAAGCAUAUAUCACUUCUACGUAUCAAAUUAACCCAAACGAUACUGAUCAUGUCGGAUCAAACGAUUUAAGUUGCACUGAAACGAGCGCGGUGGUUCCAGCUGUUUUCUAUACUCAACCAUUAGAUACUAGCGUAUUUGAUCAUUCAAAUUGGCCUAUUUACAUUGAUCCUACUGGUUAUUCACUUAUUUCUGCAAGCGUCGACGGAUUCUUCGGAGGAUGUUUUCCUCUGGGUUCUGUUCUUGCAAGUACACUUGAUUGUUCUAUUCUUUGUCUUGUUCUUUUUAAUUCACUCAAAAGUCAAACAAUUGCAAUCAUUGAAAAAAAUCCAUCGUUAACUAAAUACAAUCAGUUACAAAUCUUAUAUCCAGAUACACUUACAUGUCCUUGUGCAAAUACUACAAUGCCUUAUGAGACAUUUGUUUCAUCGUCUCCCAUUUUUCAUCAAGUAUGCUCAAGUGAUUUAAUUAGCGAAUCAUGGAUUUCACUACUAUCGAAUAGCCCUCCGAAUGAUGUGCUGAGUGGUGCAUGGAUUAGUAAAGCUGCUCAGUACUUUGGAUUACUAUCUAGUAUUUGUCAACUAGCUAAUUCGACAGCUACUAACAAUACUGAUGCUUUUCUCGCACGCACUUUUGUUACUUCGUAUGUGCUUAUUGAAACAGACUUUAAUAUUCAAGUAAACACAACUGUCAAGCAAUUGACCGAAUCAAUUGUGAUCAGUUUUAAUCUUUUCAAUAUUAUGACACGUCUUUUCAUUCAAGCUGAUCAGCCAAUAAUAGUAUCACCGAAUUCCCAAGUCGUACUAUAUAUAAAUACUACCGCCGAUACUAAUAACUCAGAAGCAUUACAUUUUAAAUUUCGUUUCAAUACUAUUUUAAAGGACCUUUCGGAUCCGAACGGCCCAAUAUGUCAAUGUGUUGUUAAUACCAAUUGUCAAGGACCAAUCCAUUUCGGAGCCACGAAUACAGCAGCUGGUAUUUUAAAACUACCUGGUGCUCAUCCAGGAAUUGCCACUAGUACUUAUGUGGCACCUGGAUUGGUUGAUGCAUGUUAUACUAUUGAUUUCCUUCUUCUAUCAACACUUCAAUGUUUUUAUACAGAUUCCGAUUGUAUGAGCCAACUUUUCUAUCAUAUAAAUACAACAUAUGUGUCGCCUACACCUGAUCCAAAUUCGUAUGCACAUCCAUUAAUAUAUAACCAAACAUCAACUCGUUUUCCUCCAAAUACUUCAGUUUCAUCGAUAGUUGAAGAAAUGAUGAUUGAACAAUGGAAUACAUCAUUGUCAUUUUCUGAUUAUUAUAGAGCAUGUGCACCAACUUAUUGCACUUACACUCAAAUAAAACAUGCAGAAACUUUCGGCGAUCUAUUAGUGACAUUGAUAUCUACGGUUGGCGGUCUUGUUAUGGCAUUACGACUAAUUACAUUCCAAUUCGUUAAGAUUAUAUUUGGUUUAUUUCAAAAAAAACCGAAGAAACAACAACAAGUUCGUCGAAAAUUACUUGAUCGAUUCAAAGAAUUAUCAUCUAAACUAAUAACAUUUUUAUAUACAAAAAUGUUGAAUUUAAAUAUGUUUCCUGCACGAAUAUUCGGAAGUAAGAUCGACCGAAUAACGGUAAAACAUCUUGGUCAAUGGUCAACUCGUCUUUAUCUUAUUCUUCUAAGCAUCAUUUUUGUCAUUUUAACUCUUUAUACAGCUAUUCAACCACAAACAUUGACCAAAUCCUUUUCAACACCAUCAUUAAAUUUCUAUAAGAAACUAAUAAAAGAUCAUAGUGAUGAACUUGAAUGUCCAUGUUCAUUGAUAUCAUCUCCAUAUGAUGAAUAUGUUCAAAUUCAACCGAUAUUUCAUCAGAUUUGUUCAAGUGAUUUGAUUUCAAAUGAAUGGAGAUUAAAUAUUACAGCAAAUAUAAUUUCUAAUUUAUCUGCUUAUAAUCAAAGAGAUUAUCGUUUAUUUCUCUCUAGUCAUUUACAGUUUUUAAAUGGAUUAUGUCAACUCUCCAUGCAAACAGUAGAUCAAUCUAUUCAACAAUCUUUAUCUUCACUAAUGAUUACUAAACAAUUAUUAUCAGAAGAGAAUUUUAAUUUACAAAUUAAUUCAAUGAUUAAUGAAGCAAAAUCCAAUGCUCCUUCAACAUUCAUUCGUCUACUUUCGUUACUUCGAGCUACAAAUCAUGGAAAUGCAAUUGUCUCAUCGUAUGGAACUAAUUAUCAAUAUAUAUCUCCUAUUUAUACUAUACAUCAGACCACUUUAUAUACUCAAGCGAUAAUCUAUGAUGAUAACUGCUCAUGUCAGUUAAAUUCUACUUGUAUUAUUCAUGCUUCGUUUAUCGAGAUGGAAUCGGCACAAUCUUUAACAAUUAAAGGUUUGAAAAUGGGUUGUACACCGAGUGAAUCAUUACUUGCAUCAACUCUUGAAUGCUUCUAUGAUCAAUCAUGUAUUAAUCUUAUUCAAACAAUGGCAGGAUACAGUGAAAAUAUUACUCCAAUUCCUCUCAACAUAACUAAUAGUCGAUUUCUAAUGAAUAUGACUGUGAUGAAUCUUAUCAACGAUCUAUUUGUUGAAAAAUGGUCAGCAAUCAUGAAUUAUUCAUCAUAUUUUGAUAAAUGUUCACCAAUGAUCUGUUCAUAUACAUAUAUUCAACGACUGGAUUCUUUUUAUACACUGACUUAUUUACUUGGUUUAUAUGGUGGUUUAACUAUCGUUCUCAAAUGGAUCUCUCCGAAAAUUGUUUACCUUGUAGACAAAAUUUACCAACGUCGAAAGAAAACAACCAGUUCAAUCAAACCAAUAUCUACUAUUGAGGGCAACGUCGAAAUAAUGAACGCAAACAAUAUCAACAAUACCAUUGCUUUGUCACAAUCGGUAGAAACAGUGCCAGCACAUUCGAAAAGUUUAUUUUCGGUAUCAUCACAUUACUGGAUCUUUGGUUUAAUAGUGUUUAUACUUGUGGCAAUAGGCAUUCUUAUUCCAUUUAUUUAUGUUCUUCAAGAAAGAAAGAAUCAUUCUACAUCAACAGGUACGAUAUCCUCAAUGAUUUUCAUCAUCGAGUAA